GAUUUAUUCAAAAUCGAAAGUUGGUUUGACGCAUGAAAUAGGAACUUCAAAAUCAAUUUUAUUUUACAGCAAAUUCCUUCGUGUAUAUAAAGCAAACAAUCCCAGAUAUAUUUAUAAAAUGAAAAUAGUCACCAUUCUAUUCUUUGUUGUCACUUUUAUUGCCAAAUCGAAUGGUCGAACGACGAGAAUCAUCGGAGGAAAGCUUUCAAAACCUGGAGAUGUUCCCUCCGUAGUUGCGAUUGUAACAUUGUCGAUGACUCAGUUUUGUGGAGGAACACUCAUAACCCAGAAACAUGUCCUUUCGGCUGCCCAUUGCAUGGUUUACCAUAAAAAUCCAAAGAAAGUUCUUGUUGUGGGAUCAAAGAUAGUCCUGCCAAAACGAAGAACCAAAGGAACUUUUGAAGUAAAGAAAAUCAUAAAUCACCCAGGUUUUAACAGAAAAAGUUUUCGUAAUGAUUUCGCCAUUUUAGAGCUUCUCCCGAAAUUGAAAAUGAGCCGUCUUUUGAAGGUGGCUCAUAUGGUCGCUAAAAGGCCCCCAGCUGGCACAACGUGUGAGAUAGCAGGCUGGGGAUACGCUGACGAGGAUGCCGACGAACCAAGUACAAAGCUUUUGAUUGCACAAAUAGGUAUCCGCCCAGAUUCUGAUUGCUCUAAACCCCCAGUCAACAGUAAUCCGAAAUACGACAUUUGCGCUGGAGUUAAAUCUGGAGCGAAGGAUGCUUGUUAUGGAGACUCAGGAGGGCCCCUGCUUUGUAAAGGAAAACUGGCAGGUGUUAUCUCGUUUGGAAUUGGUUGUGGUAGGAAAGGAUUAUUCGGAGUAUAUGCCGAUGUUAUUGUUGCCAAAAAGUGGAUACUGUCGAUAGUUUCGAAUAAAGGAGAACGCUCAUUAAGACCAAAAAGAAGGGCCUCCAAAGUGUCUUGCCUUUAUGGGAGAGGACCUGUUCUACAGACCAUGAUUUUUUUAAAGGUUGUGAAAAUGAGCUUGUAACUUUAAAAGUAUACAAUUUUGUCAGUCACUGAAUUUUGUAAAAGUGCUGAGUUGCUCUAAAUCCAUAAAUUUUAAAACUAAA